AGCGCGGUGAUGGUAGGGCGCGUACUUUGCUAUGCGCAUUUCGAACUAAUACUUAUAUAAACGAAAAGUAAUGCUCGUACGAAUAUAAUUCGCAGGGCUCGAUUUCAAUAUCAUAUCAUCUCUGAUUAAUUUUUAUACUAGACUUAAAAUUAUCAAGUGACAGUGACAAAAACUAAUAAAUAAAAAUAAAAAAUACAGUUUUAUAAGUGUGUGACGCGUGAUCUCAAAGGUUACGGUUCAGUUUAAAUAACAUUAUGGCAGAGACGGUUAAUAUAAAUAAAUUUGUUUCAUAGUUCUGUAUGCGGUUGAAUUGUUAAAAGUGAAAUAGUGCGAUGGACUCUGACGUGGAAAUCCAGAACUUCAUCAACUGUACCCAGCAGUUGAUGGGUCGCCAGCUGUCCUGGGAGCGGCUGAACGUAUCCCAACUGCUGGAGCUGCUGCCCAGCCAGUUGCAUGAUGACAUCAACUUAAAAAUCACGCUUGGAAAUUGCAUGGGGCUAGGCAAACGGCCUUACAGCCCUCCUUGGUGGGGCCAGCUAGCCUGGUUCAUUCUGUUCGCUAGCAUGUUGCUUUUGGCCGUUAUUGGUAAUACCUUGGUUAUAUGGAUCGUUCUAGCUCAUCGUCGUAUGAGGACAGUGACAAAUUGUUUCCUCGUGAAUCUUGCGGUCGCUGAUCUUCUUAUGGCAACUCUGAAUGGAGCUCCCAACUUCGUGUUUCUUGUCACGGCUCACUGGCCUUUCGGCUCGGUGACAUGCACAGCUAGUAAUUUCACUGCGAAUUUGACAGUUUCUGCUGGAGUAUUUACACUUGUUGCUAUUACUGUUGACAGGUACGUGGCUAUAGUGAAGCCAUUACAACACAGAUUGAGUCGGUCUAUGGCUCGUGCCGCUUUAUUCAGUGUAUGGUUUGCUAGUGCGCUACUUGCGUUACCUAGCCUACUUUAUUCUGACACCUACACAAAAAAGUACGUGAAUGGAGAAAGAGAAAUAUGCUUCAUAAGGUGGCCGGAUGGCAGCUACCCUACCUCAAGAACAGAUUAUUACUACAACUUAAUUUUCCUGGCUGUAACGUACGUAGCUCCUAUGUCGGUGAUGGUGUGGGCGUACGCUCGUAUGAGUUCAGCUUUAAGAGGCAGGACUAUUGGUGAAUGUACACAUCAUCAGAUGCAAGUUGUGCGAUCUAAAAGAAAGGUGGUGAGAAUGUUUGUGCUCGUGGUGAUGGUUUUUGCUCUUUGUUGGUUGCCGUAUCAUGCAUACUUCGUCCUUGUCUACCAUCACCAGUCCUUAGCAUCUUCCCCUUUCGCUCAACAUAUAUAUCUAGCAUUCUACUGGCUGGCCAUGGCAAAUUCGAUGUUCAAUCCGCUUAUUUACUAUUGGAUGAGCAACAAAUUUAGAAUAUACUUCAAGCUGGUGCUGUGCUGGGGACGGUCAUCAAAAACAUCGACACCAGAUAACUUAAAAAAGCAAUUGGAAAUGAACAAGUCGUUUUCUGUGAGCCAAAGACAACGUGACCUUUCAUCCUUCAACCGUGGAUGACAAUCACGAAGGCGGAGCAAUUUGUCCCGUUCGUUGCCCGCCAAUGAUAUGUCAAACGGAACUUCGAUUGUGACUAAUGGUGUGGAAGUAAAGAGCAACCCCCGUGGUGACUCUGACAGCGGCCGUCACUGUCACGUGUGUGACGAUAAACUUUAGGGUUCUCGGAAUUGUAUAGUCUCCGAUCGAUAUAAAUUGUAUAAAUGAAAUCAUAAUUAUUCUAUUCUGUUGUAAAAAUGCAGUGUAAUAUCGCUUUAGUUGUGUAUUUUUAAUACGCGAUAGUAGAAAACUAGAGAAACCUUUGUAAUUUGUAUUUGUAAUAACAAAAGUUUGAAAGCUUUACUAGCAACAUCUCUACCGCAUUCUGAAUUUGCUGAGUCUUUAAGGACUAAUAAAUUUUGUAUUGAUAGCUAUGUAUAUACAGCUUAAUAUUGUUAAAAAUAUACAUAUAUAUUUCAAUAAGGAAACGUUGUUAUCUGUAAAUAAUGUGUAUUACACAUUUGGAUUUUUAUUCUCCAGGGGUUUUUAAAAUACUUGUAAAUAUUAAACCUUGUAUAUAUUUAAAUAUACUAUAAUAUUCAAUUUCGUCAGUUAUAUUUAUUUAUUGGUCGCGAGUUUCUUCGCACCUGUUUCUUAAAAUAUUCAAUGUUUUUAAAUUUCCCGCAAAUAUGUUAAAGAAAAAUAUUAUUAGAGAAUUCAGUAAGUGAUGGGUUAUACGGGAUUGUUCUUGUACGAAAUUAUAAAUAAUUUUUCUUUGUGUGAGUUAAUGAUUUAUUUGUGAGUGUAGUUACCAGUCAAGGACAAGGUUUAUGGUAUUUUAUAAGGAAUACUUAUAGAUUUAUAUGUCUUACAUUUUGUAAUAAUGUCUCUUACUUUUUGAAAUUAAAUGAUCGUUAAUGUUUUAAAUUUUUUCAAUAUUUUUAACCUUCUUUUGAUGUAUUACUUUUCAUACAUAUUAUUAUAAUUAAAAAAAAAAUUACUAUUGUUUUUAAAAAAGGUCUACUUUAGAUAGAUGCUGUGUAAAACGAAAAGACCUGAUAAUUCAAUAUAAUAAAAAAUAUAAUAAUAAAUUAAGGCGAUUUUACGACAUUUUAUAGGUCAUAAAGACAGGUACAUGAUACUUAUUAGGAGCAUUAUGAAAGUAGGAGUUAAAUUCAUGAAGGCCAAUAUUUUAUUUUUUUUAUUUUAUACAUACAUAAAUUUAUUUACUAUUAAACAUAACGUUGGAUGGAAACAGGACGAUGCUUUAUUAAAAAACUAUAAAAUAAAAAAAGUGGAAAUAAGUAAACGACAUAAGGAAAAAUUGGAACGGAUUAUAAUCAAAUCAAUUUUUCUUAAUGUUUCUUUUGGCUUUAAGUUUUAGGACAAAUAUUAAGUAUAUCAAAAUGAUAUGUAAAAAACUAAACAUUUAUUCAAGUUUAACGCGGUAUGUUAAAACCAGCAGAUGACGUUGUAAAUAACAAAAAUAAACAAAAAUAUUUUUAAUAAUUGAAAAGAUUAUUCAACCACUAUCCUUUUUAACUGACCAAAACGUAAUGUGAUAUACUUUGGUAAUGAAACAAAAAAUCACAGAAAAAUUGAUAAAUGCUUAAAAGUUCUCUUUUCGAUAUUGGAAUAAGGUUAUUGUUAUAUCGUUUACAAUGAUUACUUCCAAAAAAAAAAAAAAAGUUAAGCAUAUGUAUAGAUAUAUAUUUCGCUCAGAAAACUCAUUACUGUUUUUAUUUUCGAACAUAUAAAUAAAAUGGUUUGGUUUAACUAAUUGUUCGUAAUAACGUGGUAGAAUUUCAAGAGAUUCUGUUUGUUCCUUAUUUAAUUGCCAUUGUACGCAAGAAGAAAACUUUAUACGUAAAAAAAACUACUGAUCUUUGAUGUACAAAAGAGGAAAAGUUUGUAAAAUGCUAUACAAAAUUGCUAUCUUAUCUUUCAAAAUUGUUGUAUUCAAUUGUUAACUUAUUUCAAAAAGGAACCUUACAUAGAGAUUUUUCAAAAUAUACUACAGGAAUAAACAUAUUGCGUGGAUUC